AUGAAAAUACUUAAUGUUUUAAAUACUAAAUGUCUCAUAUUUAGAAAUAAUUACUUACCUGUAUUCAAUAAAUUUUAUAUCAGAAAUAAUUUCACCACAGAAAAUGAUAAGAAUAGAGAAAUUCAAAAGAAUAACUCAAAUAAAGAAAUGAAAAAUGAAAGUAUUAAAAAAAAAAAACCAAAUGGUUUGCAAAUUGAUUGUGAAAUAAAAAGUCCCUUAAGGGAAUUUCUAAAUAUGAACACAGCUUCUAGAGUUUUCGUUUUAAAAUAUGCAUGGAAAUAUAUUAAGGAUAAUAAUUUGCAAAAUCCAAAUAUGAAAAGAAAAAUUGUGCCAGAUGAAAAAUUAAAACAAAUAUUAGAUAAAGAUGAGGUGGAUAUUCUGGAAAUUCCAAAACUGUUAUUCAGACACAUGUCCUCCAUCCCAAAAGAAUGA